GGAACACGUUGGUUGGGGCAAAAAGCAUGGCGGACAUCGGUGAGGGAAGCUCGAAGCAAAACACAGACGCAGAAAAACACGAAGGUUCGAGUAGUGACGAUGAUAACACCAACAACAACAGUGGCGAAAAUCAGGUGGCGGUAAAGACCUUCCAAGACUUGGGUGUCACCGACGUACUCUGCGAGUCUUGUGAUCUGCUGGGAUGGAAGAGUCCAACAAAGAUUCAGAUUGAAGCUAUACCAUUGGCACUGCAAGGAAAGGAUGUCAUUGGCUUGGCUGAGACCGGUUCAGGAAAGACUGGUGCUUUUGCUCUGCCCAUCCUCCAGUCACUGUUGGCCUCACCCCAGAGGCUUCAUACCCUCGUCCUCACUCCCACCAGAGAGUUGGCCUUUCAGAUCUCAGAGCAGUUUGAGGCCCUCGGUUCAAGCAUUGGCGUCAAGUGUGCUGUCAUAGUUGGAGGAAUUGACAUGAUGUCUCAGUCUUUGGUGUUGGCCAAGAAACCACACAUUGUCAUUGCCACACCCGGUCGACUGAUAGACCACAUGGAGAACACAAAGGGCUUCUCCUUGCGAGCGCUAAAGUUUCUUGUCAUGGACGAAGCAGACCGAAUCCUCAACAUGGACUUUGAGACUGAGGUGGAUAAAAUCUUGAAAGUGAUUCCCAGGGACAGGCGCACCUUCCUUUUCUCUGCAACGAUGACCAAAAAGGUCCAGAAACUACAGAGAGCCGCUCUGAAAGACCCGGUCAAGUGUGCUGUUUCUACCAAAUACUCGACAGUAGAAAAACUGCAACAGUAUUACAUCUUUAUACCAUCGAAGUACAAGGACUGUUAUCUGGUGUCCAUCUUGAAUGAGCUGGCUGGCAACUCCUUCAUCAUUUUCUGCAGCACCUGCAACAAUGCACAGCGGGUGGCGCUCCUGUUGAGGAACCUCGGCAUCACUGCCAUCCCUCUUCAUGGUCAGAUGAGUCAGAAUAAACGUCUCGGCGCGCUAAACAAGUUCAAGGCCAAGUCUCGGUCAGUGCUGCUGGCUACUGACGUGGCAUCCAGAGGACUUGACAUUCCACACGUUGAUUGUGUCAUUAACUAUGAUAUCCCCACACACUCCAAGGACUACAUCCACAGAGUCGGGCGGACAGCCAGAGCGGGACGGUCGGGGAAGUCUAUUACAUUUGUCACUCAGUAUGAUGUGGAGCUUUUCCAGAGAAUUGAAAGCCUGAUUGGAAAGAAACUUCCUGCCUUCCCCACCCAAGAGGAGGAGGUGAUGAUGUUGGUGGAGAGGGUCAGCGAGGCCCAGCGGUUUGCCAGGCUGGAAAUGAAGGAACAAGGUGAAAAAAGGAGAAGACACAGAGACCGUGCUGGCGACGAGGAUGACACCGAGCAAGCAAGUGGCGUGAGGAAGAAGGUGAAAGGAGGCCCAGGAGCAAGACAAGGAGGCGGGAAGAAGAGGGGCGCAGCUGCCUGGAGAGGUGGCCGCAGAGGCCUCUGACUUAACUAUAGACUGUACAUAACCGCAACAUUAAAUAUCUUGUUUUUGAAGCCAAAACUGGAUUAUGAUGACACCCAGUUUUCCUGCCUUUAUCUUGGAAGUACAUGACUUUUUAAUUACACAGAAACAUCCCUUUUGUCAUUGCAUUUUUCCAAUUGGAGUAAAAUUCUUCCACUUGAA